AGGGCGACGAGGACCAGGACUCACUCACAGCUCCCCCUCCACACACACACCUGGCCACUGAACGCUAUCAGACGGGCGGUAGCGACAGCGCAUCAUGGCAAGAGGCACAGGUCUGUGGCUGCUCUCGGCAGUGACCUGCCUGAGUGUCCUUCACAGGGAGGUUUACGCAAGAUUUGAUGACAGCAACUCAUCCGUUACACUUCCAAAAUGGAGGACAAGUGCAGAAUAUAUAACACAAUGUGAUUUCAACGACAACCUCACGCCACUUUGUGGUUGGAAUGCAGCAGGGCUGCUGCGAACGCCGAGUGGAGAAGGGGAGUACCACCUUGUGAUGGAUGAGGCUGUGAUGAGCCCCUCUGGGCUUGGCCGCCUAGAGAGUGAGGUCCUCAAUGGGUCCGAGGCGUCGUGCCUGGAGUUCUGGUACCACGUGCCAGCUGGCCACAACGGCACAGAGCUGAGGGUCCUCCUGAGGCGUGCAGACACGGACGCGGGGGAGACGCAGCUGUGGAGCUCGUCCGCCGCAGAGGACACCGACGCCUGGAGGCAGGAGUUCCUUCCCCUGGGUCAGUCUGGGGAGAUGGGCAUGCAGGUGGUAUUUGAGAUGGCCCAAGAUCUUCCUGAGGAUGGGGAGGUCGCCAUUGAUAAAGUUGGAAUCAGGAAAGGACAGUGUGGGGUGCAGUGUCAGGAUGGGACUGAGUUCUGGACAGACGAGGCCACCCGUUGUGUGUGCAGAGGGGGCCGACUCUCGUGUUCCCCGGCCACCUGCCCAGAGGGACACACCUGCGCCCGGUCGACCAGCGGCCCUGAACUCUCCGGCACCUGCGUCGCCCACAGAAAGCCUCGCUACACCACGUUCGACGGGGUCAACUUCCGCUUCGUGGGGCCCUGCACCUACAUCCUGGCCAAGACCUGCGACGAGGGAGCGUCGGCGCAGCCUCUGCCCUUCGCCGUGGAGGCGGAGAACGAGCAGCGCGGGAACUCGUCCGUCUCGUCCGUCCAGCAGGUGAACGUGGACAUAAAGGGUGUCCACCUGUCCAUGCUGAGGAAGGAGUUCAAAAGAGUUAUGGUGAACGGCAUGUGGAGACGUCUUCCCUUGAGGCUGAGCGAAGGGACCGUCACGGUCAAAAGAAAAGGAGGCAUGGUGAUUGUGGAGACAGACUUCCUGUUGACCGUGUCCUACCACGCCUCUGGGGAGGUGCGGGUGGCGGUUCCCGGCCAGUACUCGGGCAAGCUCUGCGGCAUGUGCGGCAACUUCAACCACGUCAAAGAGGACGACUUCACGCGGCCGGACGGCUCGCUGGCGGCCGACGCCGACACCCUGGGCCAGAGCUGGCAGAGCGGCAGCACCCGGUGCGAGGCGCCCGUCCUGCCCAGCGUGUGCCAGGGCGAGGAGGCGCUGCAGUACGCCGAGGAGCCCUACUGCGGCACCAUCCUGGCGGCCGACGGCCCGUUCGCCGCCUGCUCGGCGGCCCUGAGCGCCGAGAGCUUCUUCGCCAGCUGCGUGCUGGACAUGUGCACCACCCACGGGGACCCGGAGACCCUGUGCGACCUGCUCCACACUUACGCCAGCACCUGUCGCCAGGCCGGCAUCGCCGUGCCCCAGUGGAGAAACAGCACCUUCUGCCCUCUGGUGUGUGGUGCGAACAGCCACUAUAACGCCUGUGCCAGUGGCUGCCCCGAGGUCUGCUCCAGCUCGGACGUGGCAGAGUCCUGCGGAGGGCAGUGCGAGGAGCGCUGCGAGUGUGACCCCAGCUUCAUGCUGAGCGCAGGGCGCUGCGUGCCCGCCCGCGACUGCGGCUGCUGGGUGGACGGGGAACACUAUGAGAAAGGUGAGACGUUCAUGGCGGGGCGGUGUGACAGGCUUUGCCAGUGCAUGGGCCAGGACAACGCCCUGUGCUCCGCCUCGUCCUGCUCCGCCGACCAGGUCUGCAAGGUCAGGGACGGGGUCAUGGGCUGCGAGCGCUCCGAGCCGGUCACCUGCUCCGUCUACGGCGACCCCCAUUACAUCACCUUCGACGGCAAGGCCUACAACUUCCAGGGCAGCUGCAACUACACGCUGGCGAAGACGUGCGGCUCCACGCCCGUUCAGUUCAGCGUGACCACCCGCAACCAGAACGCGGGGCGUCCCACCUGGUCAGCGCUGGAGUCUGUGGCCCUGGAGGUGGACGGCCUCCACAUCGCCAUCAGGACGGGCAAAAGGGUCUAUGUAAAUGGAGCUGAGGUUUCCCUACCAAUGGCACCUAACGCUGCCAUCAACAUAGUCUCUGAUGCAUCAUACGUCCACCUACGCACCAACUUUGGACUGUCCCUCCUCUUUGACGGCGAGCACCGUCUCUUCCUCCAAGUGGACGAGCGCUACAGGGGGCAGAUGUGUGGCCUGUGCGGCACGUACUCCGGCAGCCAGUUUGAUGAUUUCGUGACCCCCGACGGGGAGCUCCUCGGAAGGCCAGACCCGUUUGGGAACAGCUGGAGGGUAGCAGACAUCGACUGGACUUGCACAGACGGAUCCCCCGUCCAGCCGACCUGCGCCCCCGAGCUGCAGCAGCAGGGCUUCCAGGAGUGCCGUAAGCUGUUCGGGGACGCCUUCAUGGCCUGCCACAUGUCCGUGCCCCCGCAGAUCUACGUGGACAGCUGCGUGUACGACCACUGUGCCACCGCCGGGGACCUGGACAAGCUCUGUGCCUCGCUGGAGUCCUACGUGAGAGCCUGCGAGAUCAACGGGGUGGCCCUCGGGGACUGGAGGAAAGACACCGUCUGUGCCACCGCUACAGCCAUACCAAUUCCAACGACUACAACCACCCCAUCUCCAGCUUUUUGCCCAUUAAAUUGCAAUUUUGACACUGAUGAGUGUGGAUGGCAGCAGCUUGUGCAGGAUAGUUUCGAUUGGACCAGACACUCAGGCCCCACCCCUUCGGCCCACAGCGGACCAACCAGUGAUCACACAACAGGAAGUGGCUACUACAUGCACCUGGAAGGUGACGGUGUGGUCCAUGGCGACUCGGCCCGUAUGAUGAGCCCAGCGUGCACCGUGCCAGGCGAGCACUGCCUGCGGUUCUGGUACCACAUGUACGGCACGUCCUCCCUCAUGGCGCUCAACGUCUACCAGCUGGCUGACAACAAGGCCACAAAGCUCUGGUCCAAGUCCAGCAACCAGGGCGACUCCUGGAAAGAGGCAAAGCUGAACAUUAAGGUCUCCCAGCCGUUUCAGAUCCUUCUGGAAGCAAUCAGAGGUUCCACUGAGUUGUCUGAUGUGGCACUGGAUGAUGUCUCGAUAACAUAUGGAGAAUGUGGAGGCUCAUCUAACACAGGCAUAGACCCUACCACCCUGCCCGCUGUGACAAAUGGAAACUCAGGAAAUCCUCACCCAGUUUGUGACCUCGGCUGUAAUUUCGACAGUAGCCUCUGUUCAUGGCACCAGCUGCUCACAGACAGUUUUGAUUGGACAUGGCAGAGUGGCUCCACCCCUACACUGAUGACAGGUCCCUCCUCAGAUCACACCAGUGGAGGUGGCCAUUACCUAUAUGUUGAAGGAGACGGAGUGCAUAACGGUGACACCGCUCGCAUCCUGAGUGGAGAAUGUUCUGAUCCGGGUCCCCAGUGUCUUCAGUUCUGGUACCACAUAUAUGGCACAGCGGACACCAUGGGCCUGAGUGUGUACCUUCUGGAGGAUCGACUGGCACAAGGAGUUUGGACCAAGAGGAACAACCAAGGAGAUGAGUGGCAUAAAGCAGAGAUUGACCUGAUGACUACAGGCCCAUUUCAGAUCAUUUUAGAGGGACGCAGAGGAACAACCGAGCUCUCUGAUGUAGCUGUGGAUGAUAUCUUCCUUUAUCGUGGUUCCUGCGCAGAUUUAGUGAAACCUCCAGUUAAUCCAGAAACACCAGCACCUCCAGUUAAUCCCGAGACACCAGCACCUCCAGUUAAUCCAGAAACACCAGCACCUCCAGUUAAUCCCGAGACACCAGCACCUCCAGUUAAUCCAGAGACACCAGCUCCUCCAGUUAAUCCAGAGACACCAGCACCUCCAGUUAACCCAGAGACACCAGCGCCUCCAGUUAACCCAGAGACACCAGCACCUCCAGUUAAUCCAGAGACACCAGCACCUCCAGUUAACCCAGAGACACCAGCGCCUCCAGUUAACCCAGAGACACCAGUACCUCCAGUUAACCCAGAAACACCAGCUCCUCCAGUUAAUCCAGAAACACCAGCACCUCCUGUAAAUCCGGAGACACCAGCACCUCCAGUUAAUCCAGAAACGCCAGCACCUCCAGUUAAUCCAGAAACACCAGCACCUCCUGUAAAUCCGGAGACACCAGCACCUCCAGUUAACCCAGAGACACCAGCGCCUCCAGUUAACCCAGAGACACCAGCACCUCCAGUUAAUCCAGAGACACCAGCACCUCCAGUUAACCCAGAGACACCAGCGCCUCCAGUUAACCCAGAGACACCAGUACCUCCAGUUAACCCAGAAACACCAGCUCCUCCAGUUAAUCCAGAAACACCAGCACCUCCUGUAAAUCCGGAGACACCAGCACCUCCAGUUAAUCCAGAAACGCCAGCACCUCCAGUUAAUCCAGAGACACCAGCACCUCCAGUUAAUCCAGAGACACCAGCACCUCCAGUUAAUCCAGAGACACCAGCUCCUCCAGUUAACCCAGAAACACCAGCUCCUCCAGUUAACCCGGAGACACCAGCACCUUCUGUAAAUCCGGAGACACCAGCACCUCCAGUUAAUCCAGAGACACCAGCUCCUCCAGUUAAUCCAGAAACACCAGCUCCUCCAGUUAACCCAGAGACACCAGCACCUCCAGUUAACCCAGAAACACCAGCACCUCCUGUAAACCCAGAAACCCCAGCUCCCCCAACUGUCAAACCCACCACAUCUGCACCACCGACCCCAUCGUGUCCAAGGAAUAGCCACUUCACUGACUGCAUGCCUGCCUGCCAGCCCACCUGUAAGCACCUGCACGGCUCUCCGAACUGCGACACAAAUGAGCCAUGUGUGGGGGGCUGUGUGUGCAAUGAUGGCUUUGUGCUCAAGGACAGAGUGUGCGUGCCCAUCCGAAAGUGUGGCUGCCAGGAUAACAAAGGACAGAACCAUUAUUUCGAUGAGGUCUGGUACACAGAUCACUGUGAGUUGAAGUGUGAGUGUGAGGAGGAUGAUGGUGAAGGACACAUUGAGUGUGACGAUGAUGAGUGUGACGGAGAUGACAUCUGUUAUAUGGAUGGAGAGGGAGAGUACACGUGCAAGUCCUCAGACUUCAGUGAGUGCACCAUUGAGGAGGACCCCGAGUACAGAACGUUUGAUGACAUGAAGCAUGACUUUGAGGGGACCCACUCCUACGUCCUGGUCCAAUCAAUUGGUCUGCCAAAGAACCUCCCAGACAUCUAUGUCGAGGGCAUCAACCGGAUAAAGAAUGAUCAGGACUGGGACAGCAGCGAGGAAGACCACCGUGAUGACCGUGACGACAGCAGUGAAGAGGAUGACAGCCAUGACCAUGGAGACAGUGGCUUCCCAAGGGAACUAAAGAUCAGAGUCUACAACCACACCGUGGAGUUUAAGAAGAACAGGAAACUCUACGUGGAUGGUGUAAGAUCUCAUCCACCAGUAUCACCAACCACAGGUCUCAAGGUCCUCCAGCGAUCCUCUCGCAUCUACCUUAAAACAGACUUCGGGUUCUCUGUCGAGUUUAAUGGAAUUGGCAAAACUGAGAUCAUCCUGCCACACACAUACAAGAGGAGAGUGGGAGGACUGUGUGGAAACUUCGACGGCAGGAAGAAGAACGACAUGAUGAAGCCAGACGGUAGCCAGGCCAAACGAGUUAAGGAGUUUGGAGAGAGCUGGAGAGUGACGGAGGAGAGGCUGAAUAUAAGAUGGAGGCGAUCAGCCAGGCGUGGUUUGUCCCGACCCUGAGAGAACAUCUACACGGCAAUGGCAAAGAUUUUAUACUUUGUUUUCCUUUUACACAAAAAAAGAUAUAUAACUUAAGCGUGUCACAUAUACACUAGUGCUUUCAUUUAAAGAUCCAGUUUAUUUUUGUUUGUAAUAUUUCCUUUUAGUAUUUCUGUAUGUUCCAUAGUCUAUUGUACAUUAGUCAUUAUAUACCACAUUAUAUAGCUACAUUAUGUCAGAUAUGUUGUGUAUAUUAUAUACAGGUAAUAUCAUCAAAUAAAGUGAUCACAUUUCUUUUACAUUU